GGGGAAUGAUGAGGCCUUGUAUUUUGCCCAAUGAGAGUGAGCAAGGCCGAUACUCUCAUUUGCAUAAGGGGGCUAUAAAUAGCUGGCACAAAGCCGGUCACCGUCAGUUCGCUUCUCGACUGGACGUGGGGCUGUUUUAGUGUUUUGUGGGAGACGCGCGUUCUCAACUAUGCCUGAGCCGGCCAAGUCUGCGCCCGCGCCCAAGAAGGGUUCUAAGAAGGCGGUCACCAAGACGCAGAAGAAGGGCGACAAGAAGCGCAAGAAGAGCCGCAAGGAGAGCUACUCCAUCUACGUGUACAAGGUGCUGAAGCAGGUGCACCCCGACACGGGCAUCUCCUCCAAGGCCAUGGGCAUCAUGAACUCCUUCGUCAACGACAUCUUCGAGCGCAUCGCCGGCGAGGCUUCGCGCCUGGCGCACUACAACAAGCGCUCCACCAUCACGUCGCGGGAGAUCCAGACGGCCGUGCGGCUGCUGCUGCCUGGCGAGCUGGCCAAGCACGCCGUCUCCGAGGGCACCAAGGCUGUCACCAAGUACACCAGCUCCAAGUAAAUACCUGUUAGAAAUACUGUAUAACCCAAAGGCUCUUUUAAGAGCCACCCACCUUUUCAAGAAAAGAGCUGUACAGUCAACUAAGAAGACUUUA